AUGGAGAUGUACAUGGAAGACAAGAGCAAGAUGCUGUUCAAGAAGGGGAGCCGGAGGUCGACGGCGACGGCGGCCGAGGGGAGCCCGGCUGCGGGGCUCAAGUCGGGCCGUGCGUCCAGGGGCCCCGCCGCGGGCCGGUCGGUGCCGGGCCGGCUGGCGAGUCUGGUGAGGGAGCAGAGGGCCAGGUUCUACAUCAUGCGCCGCUGCGUCACCAUGCUCGUGUGCUGGAGGGACUAG